CUUCCGGUGGGACCGUGGUGUCUUUCCUGAAGGGUCACAUUGAGCUGCGAGGUGCUUGGAGGCUGCUUUAGGAGUCAGCAUCAUGGUGGAAGACAUGAAAAGGAAAAUCAAGAACUAUCAGACUGCCCCCUUUGAUAGUCGCUUCCCUAAACAAAACCAGACCUGGAACUGCUGGCAGAACUACCUGGACUUCCACUGUUGCGAGAAGGCAAUGAACGUCAAGGAGGGUGACGUCUCUGUGUGCCAGUGGUACCAGCGUGUGUACAAGUCCCUCUGUCCCAUAUCUUGGGUGUUGGUGUGGGAUGACCACAGGGCUGACGGCACAUUUCCAGGGAAGAUCUGAACUGGCUCCACCCUUUGUCCUUUUCCCAGGAUGCUGAAGGACCAGAACACUUUGGGAUCCCCACCCUGGGGUUCUGACUCUUGACUUAACUAAUAAACACUUA